AUGAGCUCCGACGUCGCCAUUCCCUCGGGCUACUCUGCGCCCUUCCAGGUCGUCGACGACGCUCACCACGGCGCCUGGGUGAUCAUCGCCACGGCCUUUGGGCUGGUCAUCGCGCUGGUGUCGUUCCUGAUCCGCGUGUAUGUGCGGGUGGCGCUGAAUCCGCCCUUCGCGGUGGACGAUGCGGUGCUGUUGGGUGCUACGAUCGUCACAAUCAUCCAGUCAACCCUCCUCUUCGUCGCUGUCGACAAGGGCUUCGGCACCGCCAUCGACCUGCUAUCUGAUAGGGAUGUUGAUACCGCGCAGAUUCUGAUCACCACCUCCGACAUCCUCUACCUCGUCGCCAUCUACAUCUGCAAGGCCUGCGUCGUGGGAAUCCAUCUGCGUCUGACGCCGCAGAAGCGCCAGGCCCGGUUCGCAUGGGCCACGCUGGCGCUGUGCACCGCGUGGGUCGUGACGGCUGUGCUUGUGAUCGCGGUCAAUUGCGAGCUGAAUCGGCCGUGGAAGGGGACCGGCGCGCAGUGUGUGGAUUUGCUCCCCCGCUGGCAAUUCAUCAUCACCAUCGACAUCCUCACCGAGCUCCUUCUCUUCAGCCUCGCAGUGACCCUCCUCUCGGGUCUCUUCAUGCCCCUAAAACGCAAGAUGGCGAUCGGCUGUGCGUUUCUGUUUCGAUUGCCAUUAAUCCUCCCCUGCACGCUCCACCUCAUAACCCUGACCCAGAACCUACACUCGGGCGACGCGACCCUCGCCUCCGUGCCGCCUGUGAUCUGGGCGCAGGUGGAACUAGACUACUCGCUGGUCGCGUGCAGCGUGUUUUGUCUGAGGCCGUUCAUGGCGGCCGUGAGUACGAAUUACGGGACCGCGGGGGAUGGGAAUCUCGAGAGUCAGAGUCAUAGUCAUAGUCAUAGGGGGAAAGGAAAGGGCCUAUCUUCGGGAUAUGCGAGUCGGGGGCUACCCGGCGAAGGAGGACUGAUACGGUGGUUUUCGAGAGUCGGGAGGAGUGGCACAGAGGAGGGGAUUGAGCUUACAGACGAGACGCAGGGCCAUGAUGGCGAUGGGAAGAUGGUGAUUCGCAAGGAUGUGCAAUAUUCGGUCGAGUUCAAGAAGAAUAGUCGAUCGGAGGAUGACGGCGUGUUGCCGGACAUGGAGUAUUGGGAUCGGUAUUUAGAUCCGAGGCCGUAG